UUUCCCGAUAAAAAGUUCAAUUAAAUUCAAUUACUGUCUAGGGCAGAAAGUACUCGAAAGUGUGAUAUUAAUUUAAAGAUCUACAACAUUUUUAUUGUGCACUUGCAUUUACUGAUCACGUCAAUAUUACUUACUGUUAAUAGAGCACUAAAGUUGUUAGGGUUUGUGAAAACAUCGUGCGGAAUGCUUAUAGAUCGAAAGAUAACUACAGAUUUUGUGGCGAUGGUUAGUAAACGUCUGUCACCGCACUUUUCUCUUUAUAUUGGUUAAAACUAGCGUAUAAACGUAUUCUGUUGAGGAAUCCAAUUUAUUUUAAUGUCAUUUUUCAAAUUUUGAAUCGAAAAACAUUAUCAAACACAUGAUUCUGCAUUGCGGCUAAAUCAAGUGAACUUCAAAAACAAAGAUACAUUUUAAAGGAAUGCAAAGAUUACUCUCUGAAUUAAAUAACACAAAAAAAACAAAGUAAACAGAACGAUGCUUUCUCAACCGGUAUUAAAAACAAGAUGCCCAACGUAACAAGCGUUCGUGGUUUAGCUCUUAAAAAAUAUGUGCAUCAUGGUAGGUUGUAUAUACAAGGUGGAACCUCUCAAGUGGCGCUUAAACUCCUAUGAAAUUCUUUUCAAAUUAUUCUUAAGUGCUUCUUAUGUUCCUUUCAAAUUCAUCUCAAGUACAUCUCAGUAGAAUACCUAUGAAGUUCUUAUUAUCGCCUCAAACUUUGCGUUCAAUUCGUUCUUAACGCCUUAAGUUUCUUUUUUGUUAGGUUUUUAGUGCAUUUUUUAAGAACUAAAAAAAAUGUGCUAGUGUUUUCUCGGUCCGUCCGUCCGAACCCACUUCUACCGUUAUGAACGACUUCUAGGAGAAUGGUCCUAGAGUCCUGGAAUGUUUUGCAGUAGAUCUUCAGAGGCACUUAUUAAAACACCAUGUGUUACAGAAUGAGCUUUAAAGCGGACCAUACAUGAGAAAUGUUAUUGACAAUAUUUCGAAUAAUUGACAACAUUUUUGAAAUCCUCAGUGCCGAUGGUUUGAUAAAGGGGAUUGAAGUAAAUAGAUUGAUUCAUAAAAGUUAAUUAUGAUUUAUCCCUUAUUUGUACACAAGUUCAUAACACAACCGAAUUUCACCGUUAAUCACUCCGACAUCGAUGUUGGAACUGAACACAAUUCAAUUUGCAUAUAUAUGAAACAAUCAAGUGUUUAAACAACUGUAAAAGGCAUUUUAUAUUUCACAGAAAGCAGAUGAGUUGCGUCCGUUUGCCUUCCUUAUUGCAGAUGACUAAUCCGUAUUGACUUGAUGGCGCUUCGAUGGCUACAAUCUACAAUACGUACCUACUAGUUUGACAAUAUUAUGGAAUAGUAUGGAACUUGAUUUAUUAUAAACUGAUUGUGACCAUUGGUAUAUUAUAUACAAACAUUAUGAAACACAUUUUUAACUUGGAGCUUAUUACCUACAGUGGAAUACAUAUAAUCCACCUUAAAACUCCAUUUUUUGACUAUAUUUUUGUCUUAUAUUUAUAGUGAUUUUCGCAUUUUCGAAGAGGUAUUGAUUGGGGUAAAAAAUGAACCCCCACCUUUUUACGGAAUUACACGUUUUGAAUCAAACAAAAUCUCUAUGGUAGGUAGGUAUUGGCUGUCUGUCGGUCCGUCGUACUCCCAUUUCGGGCUAAACUGAACAAAUUGGAAUCAAAUUUGGUACCUACACAUAUUCUUAGACAUAAAAGGGCAGAAUCACGUAUACGCAGGAAUGCGGGUGGGGUUUUAAUUUUUUUUAAUCUUACGUUAGCUGUGUAUAGGGGUCUGAACCUAAAUUGGAUCAGAUUUGCUUGCGUUUCGUAACAAGUGAUAAAGCUGUUGCACUCGCGCAAGUGACUAAAGCGUGCACUCAUCAUGACUUUUUAUUCAAGUUUGCUCCGCAUCCGCAACAUAUGCACACAUACGCACACCAAUUAUUGAAAAGGCCUCUAUAGCUAUUUAUUAAUAGUAUCUGCAGUUUUGUUUUAAAUAUCUUGACAAAUGGAAAUGUCUUUACGCAGACACAAUUUUUUUCGCCAAAAUUAAUUCUUUUCGUCUACCUCGCGUGCUAUGUUUUUUAUGUGGUCCCAACAAAAUUUGUCUACUGUAAAUUUCACAAAUACGUUAUUAAGAGCAAUAAUGUUUGUACCCUUAUAAAGUUGUCAGAUUUUGCGAAGAAAAGAGAGGUUUUCACUAUUUUACACUUUGUCGAGAUAAGAGAAAAUGUCAUAUUAAUAGUCGUUGAUAAAACUAAUGCUUAUGUACUUACGAACAAACGAAACGGUCACGUUAAACAAAUUAAUCCAAUGAAAUGGAUGUGAUUAUGUACACACUGCUGGUUAUAAAUAGGCAUUAUGUUAUGACAAUAUUUAAAUAACCUAUACGAGAAAGGUACAAUAAUUAGUUAUAAGUAAUUUGCAUUGGGUGAUAUUGCACGCCGGCCGCCGCGUAGCGCAAGUGACAAAAUUCUAGCGAAAAGCGACACGAAAAUAAGGGGUGUGCUAGUGGCCUACGUCAAAUGAAACAUAUGUUAAAUUCUCAACUCGUGUUUUAUGAAGACUUCAGAAGUCGCAAAGACUGUUUAGAAUCCUAACUUUAUAAGUGCAAAUCAAGAUGUAUCUUUGGCCUGUUUCGUUGUGCCUUUUAGCCCAGGUUUUCAGCUACAGAACACACAUCUGGUACACUCUCGUAGACUGUGAAUUUGUUUUUUUAAUGGUAAUCGCAAAAGUUUCCUUUUGCAAUGACUUUUCAGAACUAUUUUUAAUGCGAUACCUUAUUCUAUUCUCACGCACAAUCACGAAAAUUUCUGUACUCGAAGACAUGCGUGCUGUUUGCUAAAGAACAAAAUUUGCAAGAACUUUUAAUUUGGUUUUUUUUCUUACGAUCUCACAAUGCAGUUUUACACAUAAUUGGCUGCAUUUAACAUUUGCUGUUGGCUUAAUUUCUUUCAUUAUUAAAACAGAUGUUCAAUUAAUGUACUCUGCACUAAAAAUAAUGUGUUGAAUGAAUUUUGUACUAUGAACGAGACGAGACAAUAACGUACACCAUAGGAAAAAAACACGCCUCCUUACGUGGUAAGCUUAAUUACUCUAAAUGGGACAAUUUGCAGAUACAUUGCAAAAAUAAAUCCCUAACGGUAGAUCCUGCUGUAGAUUUGAUUUGAUUUAGAUUUGUUUAUUCCUUCCUCUUCGAAGAUAUUUACAUGCAGUUCUUAGUUCUUACAUCGCAUUGUUUUUGUUCCAUCAUUUUGCAAGUUAACUGAUGCCCAAAGAUGAAAUUUUAAGAUUUAGCAUUUUAUCGGUGGUAAAUACACAAGAGCUUGAUUUUUAAUCGGAAAAUUUUAUUUUUACACGAAAGUUUUGUUGCAACGAAAAAGAACUAGAGAUCAAAAGUGUGAUAAAAUCGCGACAUCUAAAUUGUGAAACAUCCCGAAGCCUCUUGCAUCAAGGAUAUGAAAUUCAAUUAGUUUGUUAGCCGAACCUUCUCCAGUCCAGUAUGUAUCUUAGGUCCUUGAUACGGUAACUCUUAGACUAAAGUUGUAUUUCCAGAUGAAUGCCGCUCAGUAAUUUUGUAGCUUCGGAAUGUACCUCGGCACGGGCAAAAAUAAUAAGUUAUUCCCCGCCGCUCUUAACCGCAGCAGGAGUUAUCACCGUCAUAACAACAAUUAUUGGUGUCAUAGGAAACUCGUUAACAAUCAUUGCGUUAUUAAGAAAUUCCAAAAUGCGAACGGUGGCAGCUGCUUUUAUUGCAAGCUUGUGCAUAUCCGACUUUCUCAUUUGCAUAAUCGUCCUGCCCUUCGGAGCGCAUCAAUUCUUUGUGGGAACAUGGACUCACGGACGUUUCCUCUGCACCUUAAUACCGAUGCUGCGAUACGGAAGCGUGGGUGUUUCCUUACUGAGUAUAGCAACGAUUUCAAUAAAUCGCUACAUUCUAAUCGCGUGGCCCAAUCUUUAUCCGAAGGUGUUCACGAAAUUAAAAGUCUCCCUGUACAUCGGCAUAAUUUGGGCGUUCAGCUACGGAUUGCAAAUACCCACGAUAUUUGGCGUGUGGGGAGUUUUUGGUUUUGACGAGAAGUUGGGCACGUGCUCGAUAUGCAAGGAUAAAAAUGGACGUAGUGCGAAGACGGCACUUUUUAUAAUUGGUUUCGUAUUGCCCGCCAUUAUUAUUGUUGUCUCAUACUCAAAAAUCUAUUGGGUCGUGAGAACGUCACAUAAAAGGCUCAACAAGCACGGAUCUACACUAAACACCAAAAGAAGCGAUAUGAGAAUUACCAAAAUGUUUUUGGUAAUAUUCUUGUGCUUUACAGUAUGUUACCUACCGUUAACUAUAGCAAAAGUAUUUGAUCCAAAUCUCAAAAGUCCACCUUUACUUAUAGUAGCAUAUAUUUUACUAUAUUUGGCCGCUUGUUUAAAUCCAGUAAUUUACGUCACCAUGAACAAGCAAUACCGGCAGGCAUACUUUGAUACAGUAAAAUGUAGAGUGGGAAGCAGUUAUGAUUCCUCCUCCCCAGUACAACAAAACAGUAAGUCUAUAAUGUCAGUGGUGUUUUUGAAAAAUGUUGUAAGUCCAAACCCUAAGGUAUGAUCGUCCGAACAAUGUUUUUAAAAAAACAAUAAAAGUACAAAGUGUUCAAACGUAGUAUUAGUUUAUUUAUUGUACAUUGUGUAAGAUUGUCCUUAUAUUAAGGGUCAUAUGCUGUAUAUUUUUUGUAAAUAGUUUAUUUAAUAAAAUCGAAUUUAUUUUA